GGUUUAGUAAAAUUUUAUAUGGUGCUAACUUAAAAAAAAAAAAUCUUUUGUUUUGAUUAAAAAAAGCAACUCCCAUUUGAGUCUUCAUUAUAAAUCAUUAUUAAGAUUUUCUUUCUUGUAAAUUGUUCUUUAAUAUAUGUGUAAUUAUCAACACACAUAAUUGUUUAAUCUGUUAUGUUCUUUAGCUGCAUCUAUUACAAACACCCAAGUUAUCUGGUAGAUUCCUAAAGGUUACUCCUUAAAAUCCCAAUUCCAGCAGAACCCUAAUUUUCCCAAGAUUUGAUCAACUUUCUCUACCCUACAUCAACCUCUCCUGGUAAGGUGUUGUCUAUGAGGUGAGACAAGUUGGAUGAUGAGAGACUUACCGGGUCAUCUGCGCACCUGCUUGCACACUGGAAAACUUGCACUUUUGGCUAUUUUAGUUUCAGGAGGAAUUGUAUUGCAAAUUUUGGCGUGUGCUCUAUACAAUAAUUGGUGGCCAAUGCUGACUGUCAUAAUGUAUGUGCUGCUUCCGAUGCCUUUGCUGUUCUUUUCGGGCUCUGAUGCUUCUUCUCUUUUAUCUGAAUCUGACAACGGUUGGGUUAAUGCAACAAAGUUCUUGACUGGAGCUUCGGCAGUUGGAAGCAUUGCUAUACCGGCUAUCCUAAAGCACGCUGGAGUUAUUGGUUGGGGCGCACUGGCAAUGGAACUUUCAUCUUAUUUCGUAUUUGUACUAGCCAUAAUGUGUUGUAUUCGAAUGAAUGAUGAUGAUGAUUACAGUUUCCUCUGAAUCAUUGAUUAAUUCAGCUCCCCACCUGCAAUCAUGUAAAGAUUUGUCAAAGUUAAUUCAGACGAGGCUCUUUCAUUCCUCUUUUGACGAGCUUCGUUUCCAUUGUUUUUGUAGAUGAUUGGUUCCAUGUAAUUAGUGGGAUUGUUGUGCGUGAAGUUUGAAACACUUAUAUGGAGAUUGAACUUGCUUUCAAA